AUGGCGCCCCCGGAAGUCCACCACGCCGCUUUGAAUGCCACUUUCAAGGGCAUCCAGCGAGAAGACCAUGUGCCUGUACACCAAUAUCUAGGUAUUAAAUACGGCAGUAUUCCUGCGCGAUUUGAAAGGGCUGAACCGGUGAAUGAUUUUGCGGGAGCUGUUGUUGAUGCGACCAAAUACGGACCGAGAUGCCCUCAGGCGGAGAUAGAUGUGCGCCAUUUGCUUCGUAUCCCCGAGGAAUUUGAAAUUGCUCCAGAGCCGGAGGACGAAUUCGAGUGUUUGAAUCUUGAAAUCACUUGUCCGUCGGUGUCUUCCGUUAAACAACCACUCCCAGUUCUGGUCUGGAUUCAUGGUGGCUCUCAGAUUGUCACUUUUUGCUCUGCGGCAUCCAAGAUUUGCGAUCCAACCAAGCUUGUGGCAGCCUCCAUUGAAGCCGGAAAGCCCAUUAUCUUCGUUUCCAUCAAUUACCGUCUGAAUAUUUUCAGCUUCGGAGACGGCAAGGAGAAGAAUCUUGCCUUGAAGGAUCAGCAACUCGGUAUAGAGUGGGUUCGCAAUAACAUAGCAUCUUUCGGUGGUGAUCCCGCCAAUAUUACUCUCUCCGGUGAGAGUGCCGGGGCCAUCUACACACAUGCGCAUCUUAUCACCAGUCCUCCCGUCAAAAGGGCGGUGCUGGCAUCAGGUAGCUUGUACCUAUCGUCUCCAUUGCCCGUAGAGCGAGGGGACGGUCUGAUCAAGACAUUGGAAGCGAAGGUUCAAAAUCUGGAUCAGCCCUCGCUACGAGAGUCUUCCGUUGAAGUAUUGAUUCAGGCCUUGAAAGAAUGCAAGGUCAACACAAUGUGGUUGCAAGAAGAGCCCGAGCUGGCGAACUGGGAGACCAAGCCCGAGCUGGUGGAAGAACUCAUGAUUGGUGACACCGAAUAUGAAUCUGUCAUCUGGCGCAACGGUAUUGAAACCCUCGAAGGUGAAACCAUAGCGGCCGCAUUCGAGAGCGACGAGCGAUGGGGAUCGAAGCUUCGCAAAAUGUACCAUGUGGUACCCGAUAGACCAACAGCCGCGAAGCUUGGUGCUUUGGACUUGGUUCACGAUGCACGCUACACGCUUCCAGUGGAAAUGGUCGCGGAAAAGCUGAAAGCCGCCAACAAACGCGUCUACAAGUAUGUGAUUGACCAGCCAAAUCCCUGGCAGCCAUCUAGUCGCUCCCACCACGCCGUGGAUCUGCUGUUCCUCUUUGAUGGUGUAGAUCUCUCAUUCAACCCAGCUGCACAGGCGGUUGGGAAAGAGAUGCGACAGCGCUGGAUCAGUUUUGUCUCGGGAGAGGCACCUUGGGGUGCAGAUAGCCGCUUUGCCUAUGGGCCUCUGGGUGAGUCCAAGGAGAUUAACGAGACACAAUUUGCUGCUCGACGACGAGUCGAGCACUGCAAGGUGCUCAGGGAAGCUGGAAUUGGGGUCUAUCUUCCGAUUCUGGGUGCCCUGACUGCGGGACGGAUCAGCCUUCUCAAUUAG